AGGCACGAACGAAUACAUACUAGAAGACCUUACCAUGUGGAUGGAGCUGACAAGUGCUCACUAGAUGACGAUCUGGUAAAUCUAGAAGUUCUGGAUGAGGAUACAAUUAUCCAGCAGCUGCAGAAACGCUAUGCUGACUUACAAAUUUAUACUUACGUUGGAGACAUUCUAAUAGCCUUAAACCCCUUCCAGAAUCUCAGCAUUUAUUCUCCCCAGUUCUCCAAGCUUUACCAUGGUGUGAAGCGCUCAUCAAAUCCCCCACACAUAUUUGCCUCUGCGGAUGCUGCCUACCAAAGUAUGGUUACAUUUAGCAAAGAUCAGUGCAUUAUCAUCAGUGGAGAAAGUGGUGCUGGAAAGACAGAAAGUGCCCAUCUGAUCGUUCAACAUUUGACCUUCUUGGGAAAGGCCAAUAACCGUGCUUUGCGUGAGAAAAUUCUUCAGGUGAAUCCUCUGGUUGAAGCAUUUGGAAAUGCCUGCACUGCCAUCAAUGACAACUCAAGUCGCUUUGGAAAAUACCUGGAAAUGAUGUUUACACCCACAGGAGCUGUAAUGGGGGCAAAGAUUUCUGAAUAUCUACUUGAAAAAUCAAGGGUCAUAAAACAGGCUGUGGGUGAGAAAAAUUUCCAUAUAUUUUAUUAUAUUUAUGCUGGCCUUUAUCAUCAGAAGAAACUUUCUGAAUAUAGACUUCCUGAUACAAAGCCUCCUAGAUACAUUGAUAAUGAAACUGGAAGAGUAAUGCAUGACAUUGUUACUAAAGAUUCAUAUGGACAACAAUUUGAAGCAAUUCAGCAUUGUUUUAGAAUUAUAGGAUUCACUGAUGAGGAAGUGUACUCAGUGUACAGAAUUCUGACUGGAAUCUUAAAUACUGGAAAUAUUGAGUUUGCUGCUAUUUCUUCUCAACACCAAACAGAUAAAAGUGAGGUUCCCAACCCAGAAGCCUUAGAUAAUGCUGCUGCACUACUAAGUAUUGGGUCAGAAGAACUUCAAGAGGCCCUAACCUCCCACUGUGUUGUAACACGAGGGGAGACUAUUAUCCGAACAAACACUGUGGACAAAGCAGCUGACGUGCGAGAUGCCAUGUCUAAAGCACUUUAUGGCCGGCUCUUCAGCUGGAUCGUAAAUCGUAUUAAUACGCUGCUUCAGCCAGAUAAAAAUAUAUGCAGUGCUGAAAAUGGGAUGAAUGUUGGGAUACUUGACAUAUUCGGAUUUGAGAACUUUGCAAGAAAUUCCUUUGAACAGCUGUGCAUAAAUAUUGCUAAUGAACAGAUCCAGUUUUACUUCAAUCAACAUAUCUUUGCACUCGAGCAGAUGGAAUAUCAGAGUGAAGGAAUUGAUGCUGCUGCAGUGGAGUAUGAGGACAACCGUCCACUUCUAGACAUGUUCCUCCAGAAACCCAUGGGUCUCCUGUCUCUACUCGAUGAAGAAAGUCGCUUUCCUCAGGCAACAGACCUAACUUUGGUUGAUAAAUUUGAAGAUAACUUACGAUGCAAGUACUUUUGGAGACCUAAAGGAGUAGAACUGUCAUUUGGUAUUCAGCACUAUGCUGGAAAGGUAUUAUAUGAUGCCUGUGCAUUCCUUGAGAAGAACAGAGACACUCUUCCUAUGGUGGUGUUGCGAACUUCAGAGAACAAACUUCUUCAGCAGCUGUUCUCCAGCCCCUUAACAAAAACAGGUAACUUGGCACAGGCAAGAGCCAGAGUGACGGCAGCAUCUAGGUCUUUGCCUCCACAGCUUAGUGCUGGGCGUAUCAAGGUGGACACAAUGGAGGUUAUGCGACACCCUGAGGAAACAACUAACAUGAAGCGGCAAACUAUGGCUUCCUAUUUUAGGUAUUCCCUUAUGGAUCUUCUGUCGAAAAUGGUUGUUGGACAGCCUCACUUCAUCCGCUGCAUUAAACCCAACGAUGAUCGAGAAGCACUGACGUUUUCCCAUGAGAGAGUUCUGCUGCAGCUACGAUACACCGGAAUUCUGGAAACUGUCAAAAUACGUCAGAAAGGGUAUUCUCAUCGCAUCCUCUUUGAAGAGUUUGUGAAAAGGUAUUAUUAUCUCGCAUUCAAGGCACAUGAGACUCCCCUUGGUAGCAGAGAAAACUGUCUUGCCAUUUUGGAGAAAUCUAAACUAGAGAACUGGAUUCUUGGGAAGACCAAGGUUUUUCUAAAGUAUUACCACAUAGAGCAGUUAAAUUUGUUCCUGCGAGAAGUUAUAGGGAGGGUGGUGGUCAUGCAAGCCUAUAUCAAGGGAUGGCUUGGAGCAAGGAGAUACAAGAAAGUGAAAGAGAAAAGAGAAAAUAGUGCUGUUACCAUACAGUCAGCCUGGAGAGGAUAUGAAGCUCGCAGGAAGUACAGGGAAAUAAGGAUCAGAAGAACUGAUGCUGCUAUACAUAUUCAAGCAGGUAAUUAA